CAGUGUCUUGUGGGGAGAAAUGUCAGGCCUUUCCCUUUCAGCUGAGCUCCCCAGUGUAAGCCAAGACCUGACCGAGCUACCAGAUGUCUCUGAUUUCUCCCUGGGUGGGGAUGGUGAUGCCAGCUCCUUGGGCUCAGACUCUGAGUUAAAUGGGAUGGCUCCAUAUCGCCGGAUUGAUCGCUACGGUUUUAUUGGAGGCAGUGACCUUAACAACAGUUUAGGUCAACUUCCAGUUGAGAUCAUCCGGCACCGGGAGACCAAGUGGCUGGAAAUGAUGGCUCAUUGGGAGAAAACUAUGGCCCGACGCUACAGAAAGGUAAAACUGCUUUGUCGGAAGGGGAUCCCUUCAUCUGUGCGUGCCUGCUGUUGGCCGCUGCUAUGUGGAGGGCAGGCAAAAGCAAAGAAAAACCCCCAAAAGUAUCAGGAAUUGGAGGAAGCACCUGGGGAUCCUCAAUGGAUAGAGACCAUUUCUAAAGACAUUCAUCGCCAAUUCCCUUUCCACGUGAUGUUCUUGUCACCUGAAGGGCCUGGGCAGCAGGGGCUACUGCAGUUGCUGAAGGCCUACACUGUGUAUCGUCCCCAGGAGGGCUACUGUCAGGCCCAGGGACCACUGGGUGCCCUGCUUCUCAUGCACAUGCCUCCAGAGCCAGCUUUCUGGUGCCUGGUACAGAUCUGUGAGCACUACCUUCCUGGUUACUACAGUCCCAAGAUGGAAGCACUGCUGCUAGAUGGUGAAGUGUUUGUUGCCCUCCUGCGCCGUGUGUGCCCUAGAGCACUUAAGCACUUGCAAAAGCAUGGUGUGGGGCCUUUGCUCUACCUGCCUGAGUGGUUUUUAUGCCUCUUCACUCGCACUCUUCCCUUCCCCACGGUAUUGAGGGUCUGGGAUGCUUUUCUGAGCGAAGGAGUCAAGGUACUCUUCCGUGUAGGGCUGUUGCUGGUCCGCUUGGCCCUGGGAACCUCUGAAAAACGACGUGGUUGUUCUGGACUAGUAGAGACCCUGGAGAAGCUGCGCAGUAUCCCACCUCAUCUCCUGCAAGAAGACACAUUCAUGGCAGAGGUCCAUGAUGUGCCCGUUUCAGACCGUGACCUGGAGCGUGAAUGUCAAGUCCAGCUGGUUAAGCUUCGUACCACUAGGCCUGAAUUCCAGUUCAAGCCAGAAAAUCGGCUAGCUGGUGCAAAGGCCAUCUUUGAUGCUCAGCAGUUGGAGGAUGCAAAGUCAGGCAAGGAGGCUCGUGGAAGCCACACUCACACCUUCCUCAUCCCCCAGAUCCAGGUAGAGCCACCCCCUUCACCUCUGAGGGAGCAGAGGGAGCCAGAAAAGGUGUCUGAGGUGCAAGGGCAGAAGAAACUGCAGGUCAGAAAGAAACCAGACACUCGGGGAAAGACCUUCCAUUUUACACAGAAGCCUACUGGCCAAACAAGAGAGGAAAGGCCAGAGGCAGGCACUGGGAAGAGAAAGUCUUCCUCCUACUUGGAGACGUGGUUCUGAAAAGAAGUGCCCUGCCUGGGGUCCAUAAGAGACAUUCCAAAGACUCUGCUGCUGCCUUGCCAAGUGGAGCUGAUUGAGUCCAGCACUG